AUGCCACCCGAAGGAAGCAUGAGGGCUGGGAUACUGUCAGGUCGACCAAGCCUAGACAGGGGAAGUCGAGAGGGAGAGGUCGGGUUCGAACCAUGGACCUCCGGGUCAGCUUUGGAUACUAAAACAGCUCAAAGAAAACACACAUUCUGGCUUCUACUCCAUUUGGAGAUAACGAAACGUUUGGGUGCUGUUGGUGCUACUCGUCUUCCACGAUGGAGACCGCGUGAUCCUCACUGCGCCUGGCUGGAGACACUACAAGUUAUGGCUGCCAGCCGAUGUCAGUGGCAUUCUUGUUAUUUCAUGAUUAAAUGUCUAAAGUUAGAGGCACCUCGGAAUGAUUGUGUCCUGUAUGGAGUGUCGUUUGGAGGGGAUUCAGCGAAUGCCUUUGUUAUGCAUGGUGAAAAGGGACCAGAAAACAUCAUGAGGAUAGAUGCCAAAAAAGAUUUAGGCAUCUGGGUCUCCUCAAACUUGUCCUUCGCACUACACCAUGAGAAAUCGGCCCAAAAGGCAUUCGCCGUUUUACGGAUGAUCCGACGUACCUUCUCCCGUAUUACUCGCAUGGACUUCCAAAUACUCUAUGGGGCCUACGUCAGACCGCUCCUGGAGUACGCCAACCAAGUUGUCUACUCAGGACGUACGAAAGACGUUACCCUCAUUGAGCGUGUCCAGCGGGCCGCCACGAGAAUGGUUGCCGGCCUCAAGUCCGUGGACUACGAAACGCGUCUCGCGAUGCUUGAUCUCUUUCCCCUGGAGUACCGUCGCCUCCGAGGGGACCUAAUUCUUACUUACGCCCUGUUUGAACAAAGCUUGGCAAACAGGUUUUUUACCGUUGACCCAGCAAACACCCGGCGGGGACAUAGUAAGAAAAUCUUCAAGCUCAGGGCACACACAUUCAUUAGAACAAAACUUUUUUCAUUUCGGGUACUGCGUGGAAUGAUCUUCUUCCGACGGUUGUACACGCUCCUUCUCGAACCCAAUUUAAAGCACUAUUAG